UUUUUUUUUCUCCAGCCGAGAAGACGCGGCUGUGCUACGAAGAUCUUGUGUGGACAGUAAUGACCGCACGUUUCCGAUUGCCUGCUGGCAGAACCUACAAUGUGCGAGCAUCAGAGUUGGCCCGAGACAGACAGCAUACACGGGUGGUUUGCAACGUUCUUCUUCUGGAUAACACUGUACAAGCUUUCAAAGUUAAUAAACAUGACCAAGGGCAAGUUCUCUUGGAUGUAGUCUUCAAGCAUCUUGAUUUGACUGAGCGAGACUAUUUUGGUUUGCAGUUGGGUGAUGAUUCCACAGAUAACCCAAGGUGGCUGGACCCAAACAAGCCCAUAAGGAAGCAGCUGAAGAAACUGCUUUUAUUAAUUCUAGGAGGAUCUCCGUACAGUUUGAACUUCAGAGUCAAAUUUUUUGUAAGUGACCCUAACAAGUUACAAGAAGAGUAUACGAGGUACCAGUAUUUUUUGCAAAUUAAGCAAGACAUUCUUACUGCAAGGUUGCCCUGUCCUUAUAAUACUGCUGCCCUUUUAGCUUCAUUUGCUGUUCAGUCUGAACUUGGAGACUACAAUCAGUCAGAAAGCUUGCCAGGCUACCUCUCAGAUUAUUCUUUCAUUCCUAAUCAACCUCAAGAUUUUGAAAAAGAAGUUGCAAAAUUACAUCAGCAACAUAUAGGUUUAUCUCCUGCAGAAGCAGAAUUUAAUUACCUGAACACAGCACGUACCUUAGAACUCUAUGGAGUUGAAUUCCACUAUGCAAGGGAUCAAAGUAACAAUGAAAUUAUGAUUGGAGUGAUGUCAGGAGGAAUUCUGAUUUAUAAGAAUAGGGUUCGAAUGAAUACCUUUCCAUGGUUGAAGAUUGUAAAAAUUUCUUUUAAAUGCAAACAAUUUUUCAUUCAACUUAGAAAAGAAUUGCACGAGUCUAGAGAAACAUUAUUGGGAUUUAAUAUGGUGAACUACAGAGCAUGUAAAAAUCUGUGGAAAGCAUGUGUAGAACAUCACACAUUUUUCCGCUUGGACAGACCACUUCCACCUCAGAAGAACUUUUUUGCACAUUAUUUUACAUUAGGUUCAAAAUUCCGGUACUGUGGGAGAACCGAAGUCCAGUCUGUUCAGUAUGGCAAAGAAAAGGCAAAUAAAGACAGGGUAUUUGCAAGAUCCCCAAGUAAGCCAUUGGCACGGAAAUUAAUGGACUGGGAAGUAGUAAGCAGAAAUUCCUUAUCCGAUGAUAGGUUAGAAACACAAAGCCUUCCAUCAAGGUCUCCACCAGGAACUCCUAAUCAUCGGAAUUCUGCAUUCACACAAGAGGGGAACCGGUUACGACCUUCAUCAGUUGGUCAUUUGGUAGACCAUGUGGUUCACACUUCUCCCAGUGAAGCUUUUGUGAAUCAGAGAUCUCCAUCAUCAACACAAGCUAAUAGCAUCGUUCUUGAGUCAUCACCAAACUCAAGCCUUUCCUACCUGAACCAUCUGGAAGAACUUUAUCUCUCAGUCAAGACUCUGUUAAUUUGCAGAUCACAAGAGACCCCUGAAGAUGGGCAGCCUCCAGCUUUACCACCCAAACAAUCUAAGAAAAGCAGUUGGAACCAAAUUCAUUAUUCACAUUCUCAACAAGAUCUGGUAAACCACACUAAUGAAACCUUUGAUGUUCCAUCUUCUCCUGAAAGGUCUACUCCUAAUGGUGGUAUUCCACAUGAUAAUCUUGUUCUAAUCAGAAUGAAACCUGAUGAAAAUGGAAGAUUUGGAUUCAAUGUAAAGGGAGGAUAUGAUCAGAAGAUGCCUGUAAUUGUAUCUCGAGUAGCACCAGGAACACCUGCUGACCUCUGUGUCCCUCGGUUGAAUGAAGGAGACCAAGUUGUACUGAUUAAUGGUCGGGACAUUGCAGAACAUACCCAUGAUCAAGUUGUUCUGUUUAUUAAAGCUAGCUGCGAGAAACAUUCUGGGGAACUUGUGCUUCUAGUUCGACCUAAUGCUGUGUAUGAUGUAGUGGAAGAAAAGCUAGAAAGUGAGCCAGACUUCCAAUACAUUCCUGAGAAAGCCCCACUAGAUAGUGGUCAUCAAGAUGACCAUUCCUUGCGAGAGUCAAUGAUCCAGCUGGCUGAGGGGCUUAUCACUGGAACAGUCCUGGCACAGUUUGAUCAACUAUAUCGGAAAAAACCUGGGAUGACUAUGUCUUGUGCCAAAUUACCUCAGAACAUUUCCAAAAAUAGAUACAGAGAUAUUUCGCCUUAUGAUGCUACACGGGUUCUUUUAAAAGGUAAUGAAGACUACAUCAAUGCAAACUAUAUAAAUAUGGAAAUUCCUUCUUCAAGCAUUAUAAAUCAGUACAUUGCUUGUCAAGGGCCACUACCGCACACUUGUAAAGAUUUUUGGCAAAUGACUUGGGAACAAGGCUCCUCCAUGGUUGUAAUGCUGACCACACAAGUGGAACGUGGCAGAGUUAAAUGUCACCAGUAUUGGCCAGAACCCACAGGAAGUUCAUCCUAUGGAUGCUACCAAGUCACCUGCCACUCUGAAGAAGGAAAUCCUGCCUAUAUCUUCAGGAAGAUGACACUGUUCAACCAAGAGAAAAAUGAGAGUCGUCAACUCACUCAGAUCCAAUACAUUGCCUGGCCUGACCAUGGAGUCCCUGAUGAUUCAAGUGACUUCUUGGAUUUUGUUUGUCAUGUACGAAAUAAAAGGGCUGGAAAGGAAGAACCUAUUGUUGUUCAUUGCAGUGCUGGGAUUGGAAGGACCGGGGUUCUUAUUACUAUGGAAACAGCCAUGUGUCUCAUUGAAUGCAAUCAACCAGUAUAUCCACUAGACAUUGUAAGAACAAUGAGAGAUCAAAGAGCCAUGAUGAUCCAAACACCUAGUCAAUACAGAUUUGUAUGUGAAGCGAUUUUGAGAGUUUAUGAAGAAGGCUUUGUUAAACCCUUAACAACAUCAUCAAAUAAAUAAGAAAAAAAAAAUGCCUGGAAUAUGUGUUGGAAAACUGCUUUUCGUUAUAUUUACUGUGCCAUAAUACUGGUCACAGGAAAUGGCAUCUCACACAAGAUGAAGAACUCAAAAAAGAAAACUUCAGCACUUUUGCACUUUAUGAUUUUAAAAAAGUCACUCAAAAUCUAUAACUCAUGUGUUUGAAGACUAUUUCAUGCUUUGCUCUGAACAAAUAGUGAAUCACUGCAUAUGUUCAUGGUGAUUAUGAAUUUUUGAGGUGGUGCCAUAUAGUCUCCUUUUGGUAGAAUUGCCACAAACAAGGCUUAGAGUUCUCACCAUCUCUGUUAGACACCUUAUUUUCAAAAAAAGCAAAAAGAAGUAAACGUCAGGAGUCGGCGCUGGGCAUUUCCAGUGGUUCAUGUACUUACUCUACUGAUGAGCAAAUUUUCUUUAAACUGUUAGCAAUACCAUUCUCAAUAUUAGCCAAUACACUGCCUAUGGAUGCAGCACAUCUCCCCAACAUGCCCCAUAGAGACCUGCUGUUCAAGAGAAGGGCAGAUUUGCCGUUCCCAGGAAAUGCUGCACAUUAUCCAUUUACCAGCAUCUUCUAGAAAGUGUAACUAGGAGUCUACACCUUUUCUUGGAUUGAAUAAUAUAUAGCAUUUAUCUAUCAUACGGUUGGCUUAUUCCAAAUCAUGUGAUUUCACAUACUUGAUGUAAAGAAAUGCAUGCAUUGUGUCUUAACCCCUUAAGUGCCUUGAGACAUCUUUGUAUGUUUAAUGAAAAGGCACUCAUUUGACCCCACUAGGAGGUAUGUAUGUAUAUUGUUCAUUCUUACAUUUUUAUGCAUUUUGAAUAAGUUCACAUUUUAAAAAACAGCUUCUUACAUUGAAAGUUAUGCAGUCAAAGAUGAGUAAAGAAAUUCUUUUUCUUACUCAAUUCUAGUACUUUGCCAUAAAAAGCCAAGAUAGUUGUGUUCUCUUGAGCGUAUGCUCUGCUGCUAUGGGAUUGUUCAAAGUCUGUACAUUCCUUAACUUAAGGACAGGGUUAUAGUCUAGCAGCGUAACUAAACAGAGGCUUUGUUCUUCAUAUUCCAUAUUUACUGUCUCCCUAACUUUAAAAGUGUUGUGUAAUGUGCACAUGAAAGGUAAACCUUGAUACUCCAAGCUACAGUUAGAAAGCAGUUGUGACUUCUUCCUGUCUGAGACUCUCUUACCCUCUAGCACUGCUCUCGGCUCAUGCUGAGCUUUCUCACACUGGUCUUUUGGUUGGAAUUCUUCAAACAAGAAAUUAAAUACUAUUGGCUUAUUUCUAAAUGCAACCCCUCAAGUAAAUGAGGGUUGUCUUGUCAUUUUUGUGUACAGGUACAUUACUUCAGUUUAUAUAUACCUAUUAUGUUAUAGGCAUGCCAGUGAGGAGACUUGAUUGUCCAGCCUAACUGAGGGUCUCAACCCCAUUAGGGGUGUGUAUAUUUUCCUGUUCAGGCUCAUUUGUUUUUAAGUUGACAGAGAUAGAACUUUAAAAUUGUCCAGUAUAGCAUAAGUGAAAAUUUGCUCACCUACUCAAAUGUUGCUUUACAUAAUUAUUUCAUAUGGAUGAGAUUAAAGUAGGUUUAUUUCCUAGUGGUUUCAAAAUACUUCUGUAUAGUCUUAAUAAAGUACAAGGUCCACUGAUAGCUAUUUUGGAAUGCCAUUUAGUAUGAGGUGGUAUAUAUUUAAAGAUCUUUAGUAAAAUCUGAAUUAUGUCAUUUCAUAGAUUCAAAAUUCAUAAUAACAAAUUUCAGGAUUAAAGCUCCUAAAUGUUAAUAGUCAACUUGCUAAAUAAAUUUUCAUAUUGAAAUAUUUCUAAUCUUUUUUUUAAGAAAAGUAAACAUAGCCUUUAUGUCAGAGGAAAACCUUUCCUGAUUUCACAGUCAAGACAAUGUAAGGGACUGGGAAUAUAGCCCAGUGGUAGAGUGAUUGCUUAGCAUGCAUGAGGCCCUAGGUUCAACCCACAGUGCCAAAACAAAACAAAGGCAAUAUAAAAUAUAAAUUAAUGUUUGUCUUAGUUGAGCAUUCCAGUUUUUUGCCAAAGGAAAAUAUAAUUUAAGCUGAUAAAUUACAAGUUGAAAAGUAAAAAAGGAAAAUCAUGUCGGAGAGUUACACAUUAAAAAAUUACUAUACUUUAGGUGGUUGUUUUUACCUGAAUUUAAAAAGUCUAUUCUCACUUUUAGGCAGGUACAGGUAUGGCACAUAAGGCAAAAAAAAAGAAGAGUUGUGUAGAUGUUAACCUGCAAAUGUCACAGUUCACUUGUUCUUUAAUUUUGUUUACACUUCUAUAGUCAGCUGCUGUGAGCAGUGAGCAUUGUUGCCUUUUAAAAUCAUUAAUGCUUGCUUCCAGUGAUGAUGUAUUAGAAAAGUAGAAUUUCAUUUAAAUUUCUCAUAUGAAUUUUGCAUCUGGAAGCCACCGUCUAUCAGUAUUUUUACAUACAGAAAAGAUUUUUUAAAUUUAUUUAUUAGAGAGAAAGAAGCAGAUAGAAAAUGGGCCAUGCCAGGGCCUCUAGCCACUGCAAACUAACUCUAGACACAUGCGCCCCCUUGUGCAUCUGGCUAACGUGGGUCCUGGGGAAUCAAGCCUCGAACCGAGGUCCUUAGGCUUUACAGGCAAGCACUUAACCGCUAAGUCAUCUCUUCAGCCCUUUGUUAAGUAUUUUAUUCAUCAUCUCAUCCAUGCUGGCACUGUCUAGAUAAUGUGUGGUGGCAUUUUGGAAUAGACUGCAUUCACAAGAAUUGAUUGCAUUUGAUAAACUGAUACAUCCGUUUAACUUCAAAGCAAAAUAAACAGCCUAAAAAAUACCUUUGUGUGGCUUGCUAGGACAAUUAAGAGGAAAGGGAAAUGACUGAUCACUUUGACUUCCCAAUAAAGGUAACAUGGCUGAAGGCCAUAGCUUAUUCAGUAAAGUACUUGCUACACAAGUGUGAGGACUUGAGUUCGGUCCCAGCACCCAUGUAAAGAAGCCAGGUGUAGUGGUGCACACCUGUUAUCCCAGUCUGGGGAGGCAGAGACAGGAGAAUCCCUAGGGCUUGCUGACUAGCUGUUAUAGCCCAUUGGUGAGCCUCAAGUUUGGUUAGCAACGCUCUCCCUAGCAGAUUUCAGUCUCUAGCCUCCACACAUGAUCACACAUGCAUUCAUGCCCCAACACAUCUGUAAGCAUGUGUACAUGCUGCACACUACAUGCACUUUAAAUGCAUAAAGUUAUAAGCCAUUAAUACAGUUACUUGAAGAUUUUAGGUAUAUACAUGUAUUCACAGAGAACUGAGUGCAUUUAUUUACAUAGGUAUUUCAUAAAGACUGAUGCCUACAGAUAGAAUGGGUGGUGGUUGUUUGACUGAUUGGUUGGUUGAUUGAUUUUAUAGUACUGACUAUUGAACCUGGGGCCUUCCACAUGUUAGGCAAGCACGCUAUGGCUGAACUACAUCUGCAACCCACUGGACUAUUUUAACUACACGUUGCUUAUCAUUUGUUCUUGGCAGGUCUGACCGCCUCUGAUUAGACAUCUGAGCAUAAGUUUCCUUCUCACUAGAAAUAAUAUAACUUGAGAGGGCUAAAAGAAGUUAAAAGGUUUUAUUCAAUUUCUGUAUUACCAAAGGAAGGAAACAUGUAGCGUUGGUAAUUGAUCAGCAGAAUCUGGUCUUCUAAAAUCCCUUAGCUUGCUAAUUCUCAACCUAGUGUUCUCUGUCUUGUAUUAUAACUGGAGUUAAGUGUAAUGUGUGAGUAUCAGAGUCUUGGAAAUUUUAGUGUAUUUCUACUUGGGAAGCAUACUCAGACAGUGUUUCCAUUUCAUAGCUGUGGCAACCCUGGAUUCUACUGAAGAAGUAGGUAGACUUCAGAAGUGAUCCUAAUUGGGACUCCAACCCAGUUUGCUAGUCCUGCUUGCCUGAUGGGUGUGCAGCAUAAGCUUUUGUGAAGGACUUUAGCUGGGCCAAAUGCAGUGUGAAAACUCUGAACUGCAAGGAGAAACCAAUUUUUAAAGCACUUAAAACCUAGAGCUAAUACUUAGAAUAGAUAUCCACUUAUGAAAUAACUUGUGAUCAUAAUGUGAACAUGUGAUGAAAAUUAAAGCAUGACUUAUCAGAAAGUGAAGGAAACAUGAAUUUAUAGAAAUGUGCUACUUACUGUCUUAUGUUUUGAAUAUUUAAAAUAUGCUGGUGGUAAAGUUGCCAAAGUAGUUUUGAAUUUCUAAAAAUUAUUUAUACCACAAUAAUGUGGGGUAUGUUUACAGGAUCUUAUUUAUAAUCCAGGUAAAUUUGUAUUUAAGUCAUUCAUAGUAAAUACAGUAUAAGUAUUUGUUGAAACAAACAUCUCAGUAAUCUGACAGUAUAAAUGAAGGCUGCCACAGCCUGCUUCUGUGCAAGGUGCUGCAUCAACACCUUGCUUUUAUUGGCACAGUUCACUCCUCAUAGUUGCUUCAGCUACCGAACCACACAUAGUUCCUGCGCCUAUUUGUCGUGGUGCAUCCUCCAGGUAAGACAGCUGCGUUACUAUAAGUCAGUGGAUUAGCAUUAUCAGAUAUUAGAAUUCCUGAACUGCUGACAAAAUACUUGUGUCUUGGUGUGAUCACAAAUUAUAGCAACUGUUUUAUGAGAUUCUUAGAGAAUUGUAUGGAUACAAAGGAAUCUACAUGAUUCUAAUUUUUUUCUUUUUUAAAUUGAUUUUUAUUUGAGACAGAGAAAGAAUGAGUGUGACAGAGCCUGUAGCCACUGUAAACAAACUGCAUGCACCACCUUGUGCAUAUGGCUUAUGUGAGACCUGGAGAGUCAAACCUGGGUCUUUAGGCUUUGCCGGCAGGCACCUUAAUGGCUAAGCCAUCUCUCCAGCCCUGAUACUAAAAUAUUUUUGAGGGCUAAUUUCUAUCUUAAGAGUUCAAGAAAUCAAUCCCAAAAUUGUGUUUUGGAUUCAAUUUCUUUACCAUGUCUAUAAGUAUUAUCAACAUAAUUCUUAUGAUAUAGACUUCCUUUACUUUUAGUAACAAUUACAAUAAGCUUCCCAGUGUUAUAAGAAACAAAUAGCAACACCAAUUGUGGGCAAAAACAAAUAGGCAUUUAUUUUAUUUUCAUAGUCAUGGUGAAUGUGUUUUGGGUAGAUCCCAAAAGGUUACUGUUUUUACAUAUAAAUUUGCUGCUACUUGUUCUGUAGGCCUUUCUACUACAGUAUACUGUUGAUUAUUCUGAAGUCACCAUUGUUUUUACUUUUGCAUCCAAUCUAAAUGAACAGCCAAAAGUAAUAUCUGCUGGAGUAUAAUCCAUCAGCAUUGUUUACACAUGAUUCUGUGCAUAAAUAAACAAGUUUUAUGUUUGUGAAUGAAAGUUAUAAAUAUUAUUGCAACUUAGAGACCAUAAUAUUAGGGAAGAGUUUAAACCUUUAACAUCCUGAAGCCUUUUCAAAUUCCCAGUACCAGAAGGAAAAUGAAAGCCUUGUUCAUAAAAGUUUCAUUUAAACACUGUAGAGUUUUCCUAUUAUUAUGUACAUGAUAUAUAGAAAAUAUUUUUCUAUGGAAAAAAGGUUGAAAGUGUUAACUUUAAUUUCAUUGCUUAAACAGGAUAAAAUGAUACCUGUAUGUCUUUUGUGCUGUAUAGAAAAUGAAUGUAUCUUUCAGAUGUUAUUGUAGUUAGACUUGAUUCUAAGUAUGUUUGUUAAAGAAAAACCUGCAAAGGAUUAGAAGGAAGAGGGAGAGAGUAUAUUACAAGUCAUAUGAAAAAUGCAAUUUUAGAAGAAAAAUAAUUUUCCUUAUGUGAGAGUUAUCACUUGUGAAGCAGGUCUCAGAUACAGUGUAUAUUUGUUUCCAUUGUUUGGCUUUACAAUAGAAAUUUUCCUGGAAAUUUUACACAUAGUAGUUUUACAAGUAAAAUAUUUGGAUUCUAAACUUCUGGGGUUUGGAAGAGUGUUUGCAUAUGAGAAUUAAAAUGUUGCUUCAUAUGUCCUCCAUGGAAGAAAGCUCCCAAGCUCUGACACUGUGACCAGCCCAUAGUGAAGACAUAAUUGUGAUGGUGUGACUUUAGUGAAGCCAGAAAACCAUGCCUGAGAUUCACCACCUAACCAUAUGCAGAGGUCCAUGACCCAGUUCAUGGUUUUAUUUUAUCAGCUGACCUGGACUGUGAGCUCACUAGGCCUAACUCCAACUUGGAGCAGCGAUGGCUCAUAUGCCUACCAGCUUGCUUAUACAGUUGAAUGAAAACCUUUCAUUCUAAAUCAGCAGCUGGAAGCACUAUUGUUAAGUAGCUCAUAUGCAAGGUGGUAUUUAUCAUCAUUCAUUAAAUUUCAUUCAAUAAGGGCUUCAUUAUUUUGAUUACUGCUUCCAACCCUUCAUCUUUUUUUUUUAAGUCACAAUUAAAAUAUAUUCUUCAUAAAGCAAAUAUCCUAAAUAACUAAAGGUAAUCUCCCUCCUCAAUAACAUUUGCUCCAGCAGUUAAAGGGUUAGUGUCAAAUUCCCCUAACUCCAAGAAUUAACAAAUUUAAGAACUAUUACUUCUGAUAAUCAUAAAUGCCAAAUUGCUAGUAGCAUGACUGCCAAGAAGCCAUAAAGAAGGAUAGCCCUGCUCAACCCUUUGUCCCAGACAGUUGCUGCUUUGUGGUUUCAAUACAUCCACCAUAGUCACAAAUGGCCUAUUUCACCCUUUAUUAAAAGAAGCCUUUUGGGUUCUACUCUCACAUUCUUAUGUUCCAGCCAUUUGCCUUCCGUGGCAAGAAAAUUUCAGUCUUACUGUGAUUCUCCGAUUUCCAUCUUCUCCAAUCCUUCUGUAAGUUAGCAAGAUUAUUCAUUCUUGUACUCUGUAGAGUAGGUCAUAUUUCAGUGCUAAAAUUGAUUUCUACUUCAAAUAGCACUUUAUUUCAUGCUUACUACUGACAUAAUUUAUACAUUUGAAAACAUAAUCUAUCCUAGGAAUCUUGUAAAUACAGAAAAUAAUUAGUAUUAGAACUCAUUAGAUUGGACCCAAGUUUAAAUGCUUUACAAUGAUCUCUUGAUAGCUUAUUUGAUAUUUAAGAGAUAACCUGUGUGAUUUUAGUUUUGCUAUUUUCUGCAAUUUAUAAAAUACAGUAAAGGCUACCCAGUUGACUGUCCCACCGGACUCUGAGUUCGCUCAGCUAGUUUCAGCCAGUUUGGUUUACUAAAAUAAUUUCUGCUUUGCAUUUUUUAGACAUAAAUUCUUGGAAAUGCAUUUAUUUUCAGUGGAGUACCUAGGAAUUAAAUAGAUUCUGCACCAUAAAUACAUUUAAGGGGACAAAAGUCCUGACAGUUUAUAUGUAUAUACACACACACACAACAAAGGGCAGGAUUUAAGAUGUUAAAACAGUUUACAUUAAGCUGUUUUUAUUUUCUGCCAGUAUAAUAUAUCUGCUUUGAAAAAUAAAAACUGUCUAUCCAGUGUUCUCCAGCAUCAGGACAUCACAAUUCUGAACUAUAUCGUAAUCUUUUCAAGUAAGAAAAGCUUGUCCUUAUUUUCUACAAUGUGGGUUUCAUUUUAGGACUGAUAGUUUAUAUCCAUCAGAAAUAUUUUUAAACAGCUUAAAAAAUUAUUUCUAUGUAGAAGGCAUUUUAAUUUGGGAUUUUUUUUUUCCUUGUAAUAGGUGCUACAUGUAAAUACAGAGGGAGAAAAUUGUUUGGCUAAAGGUCUGAUUUAUUUCCUAAUUAAACUAUUUUACAUUUCUGUUGUCAUUUCAUGUUUUGUACUGAACUAAUAGCAGAAUGGAAUUAGUCCCUUAAUUUUGUAGACUGCUUUUUCUCUCUACUUAAAAAAAAAAAAAAAAAAAAACCAUAUGGUUUGCCCUCCUAAUUAAGAGGCAAAGAAGCUAAGGGUUAACUUAAGAUAUGUAAGCUUGAAUUUGGUCAACACUGGAUUAUUUGAAAUGAUCACUGUGUGUUUGUCACUGCAACUUACUGUGUGCUUGAAAGAUCUUGUGUAUUUGUCUUAAUUUCAGUGAACCAUUAGAAUUCCUGCAAUUCAUGUCUUAUAAAGAAUCUACAAGUACCAACAAGAAGCAGGAUAAAAACUGGUUCACAUGAAAAUUGUUUUAGUCCUAAGAACAAUUUAUAUUAUGCAAAAUGCUGUUACACAUAUUUUGUUGGCCAUAUUUCAUUGUGAUCCAGUAGUUGUUGUUCAGGUACAAAUGUGAAGAAGAAACAACUCUAGUUGUUACUCUUAAUGUUCAAUUCAAAAUAAAGAUGUGCUUUAAUAAUCUAAA